UAAAUAUCUUCUUGUUCCUUUUUUUUCUCUCCUCUCUCGGAGUCCCUUUCUCUCCCUCUCGCCGUUCCCUGGAUUGCGCUCGCUUUCGUCCACACCGCACCGUUGUGCCCGGAUUCAGAACACGCACGAACUUAUGUGGGUCUCGCGAGCGAAGCGUCGAUCGUCCACGAUCGAUCAUUCCUGAAGUGACGGUCGUUUUUCGGUUUCGAUCGGCUUUACUUUGCCUCUGACGCUCGGAGGCGCGGGGAGGACGCAGAUGGAGACGAAAACGGAGCCGCUGACGCCGCCGCAGACGCCACCGACGAUUGACAGACCGAUGCAUCAGCAUCAGCAUCAACAUCAGCAUCAGCAUCAGCAUCAGCAUCAGCAUCAGCAGCAACAUCAACAUCAACAUCAACAUCAACAUCAACAUCAGCAGCAGCAGCAGCAGCAGCAGCAUGUGGUUUUUUCAACCUCGAAAUGGGCCAAGUCAAACUUCCUCAACGGCAGAUACGUCCAGCCGCAACACGUUCAGGCGGCGCACAGCGUUCCUAACAACCAUCAGGUCCUCAGUAAUUGGUUGAAGGACCCUAUCGCGGCCCUGUUCACAUUUCGGGGUUGCUGCCCCCAACGCCCUUAUCUGUACUAUCAGGGUCAUCCGGGUAUGUUUCCGGUACCGCCACCGCCGCAGCCGCCGUCGUUCCUCGCUCGGAGACCAACGGGUCAGAGGCCCAAGAAACAGUUUAUCUGCAAGUUUUGCAAUCGACAGUUCACGAAGAGCUACAAUCUGCUAAUUCACGAAAGGACGCACACCGACGAGCGACCGUACUCGUGCGACAUAUGCGGAAAGGCUUUCCGCAGGCAGGAUCAUCUGAGGGAUCAUCGAUAUAUACACAGUAAGGAGAAACCGUUCAAAUGCAACGAGUGCGGCAAAGGUUUCUGCCAAAGUAGGACUCUGGCGGUUCAUAAAGUCAUGCAUAUGGAGGAGUCGCCGCACAAGUGCACGAUAUGCGGUCGGAGCUUCAAUCAGAGGAGCAAUCUGAAGACGCACCUUCUGACGCACGCGGACGUUCCGCAGGACCUCAGGAUCGAGACCUCGGUGUCGUCGGACUCGAGGAUCAUGUCCUCUACCGAGGUUAGACAAAUGGCAGAGCGGGUGAGCGGUCUUCUGCCGAUACCGAAGAGCAGUACGCACAAACUCGGCUUCACUAUAGAGGACAUUAUGAGACGUUAGAGACCAUAAUUACUUCUAAUUUUAAUCUGCGUGCAUUUCACCUUUGCGUUUGCUUUGUAUCAUAGUUUCUCAUUCUCAUUAAAGUCUACGAAGUAAGUUUUAUUAUAUACUUUAUUAUUAUUAUUAUUAAUCAUAUAUUUUAAUUUGUGCGCUCUUCUAGCACCAGCUGGAUUGGCGUCAAGAGUGCCGAGAAAAAUCACUGGUAAUAUUUUUUUUUUAUUUUUUUUAUGUGAGUGUCACCAAUUUAAUAGUCGAGUGUAUUUAGUUGCAAUUUCGUUGAAAUUUGCUUUUCUAUUGAUGUUCACUACCAACUUUUCCCUCUCUUCCUGUCGCUCGCAAUCUUAACGAGCUGUUACUAAAGUAUGUGCGACGUUCUGCCUCAGAAACGUAUAAAUCGUACCUUUUGAAUGAAUCAAAUCAUUGUUGAAUUUUUUUUUCUUUUUAAAU